CUUGGUAAGCACAAACAGUCGGAUUGAUUUCCUUUUGUGCUCUACCAAAUGCUAUUGAAUACCAUACACUAAAAUCAGAAAGGAAAAUUAGAAAAAUUGAAAGUUUGCAAUAUCGAAAAAACUCUGUUAUUCGUCUUAUUUCUUGGAUCAGAGGAGGAUUGACCGUUUUUGAGUUAUUCUCUCAGAUAGUUUGUCAAAAGGAAAAGUAUCGCCAUCAUGAUGCUGGAAGAGGGACUCUAUACCCAGCAAAAAAUAGUGGAAACUCGGAGCGGCUUAUGGAACUGCAUCAAGGAAUGCUCAGAAAGAGGUUUGGUCUACAGUGUUCGAUGGGCUGCUGAAAUGCUUGCCGGUUUGAAAUCUCCAAAUACCCUUGAUGCUCCUUUCUCUUCUACUCCUACCGCUGAACUUGAAGAAGAUACAACUACGACAAAUGAGCGUAUUUUAGAAUUUAAGGAAGAAACUACUUACACUCUGGCCAAAGCCUACUUUGACUGUAAAGAAUUUGAAAGAGCUGCUUAUACACUUCAACACUGUAAAUCUUCAAAAUCCCUGUUUCUGCGACUCUAUAGUAAGUAUUUAUCAGGAGAGAAGAAGAUAGAAGAGGAGGCAGAUACUGUUAUGAGCUCUAUCUAUCCAGCGUCUUCAGCUAGUCGUGAGCUUUACUCCAUAUCGGAAACCUUGGAUAGUGUGCAAAAACAAGGGAACCAGGAUCCCUAUCUGUUAUAUCUUAGUGGAAUUAUUAAUAGGAGAAGGAAACAGUAUGCGAAGGCUAUCGAUUUUCUUCUUUCUUGUGUCCGUAAAACUCCUUACUUUUGGUCAGCAUGGCAAGAACUGUCAUUAUGCUUGGAUAGCCCAGAGGUGUUGGCCAGUGUCAUUCGUCGACUUUCAAAUGACCAUGUAAUGACUAAAGUGUUUAUUGUUUACGCGUCUCAUGAGCUUCACCAAAUCAAUAGCUCGGUCUACGAAAAGCUAGCCGAAGUAGAUUCCCUUUUUCCUACAAGCCGUCACUUAAGAAUACAGCGUGCUUUACUAGCUUAUGAUACAAGAGAUUUUGAUGACGCCGAAGAAUUAUUCGAAGUUAUUCUAAAAAGCGAUCCAUACCGUUUAGACGAUAUGGAUACUUAUUCCAACAUUCUUUUUGUUUUAGAAAGAAAAUCAAAACUUGGAUUCUUGGCUCAAGUAGCCUCAACUAUAGACAAAUUUCGCCCAGAGACUUGCUCAAUUAUCGGAAAUUAUUACAGUUUAUUAUCAGAACACGAAAAGGCAGUUACAUAUUUUAAGAGAGCAAUCCGACUAAAUCGAAAUUAUUUAGCUGCUUGGACUCUUAUGGGGCAUGAAUAUGUUGAGCUCAAAAACACACAUGCCGCUAUAGAGUCUUACCGCUUAGCAGUCGAUGUCAAUAGAAAAGAUUACAGGGCGUGGUACGGUCUGGGUCAAACUUACGAAGUUUUAGAUAUGCAUUUUUACGCCCUUUACUAUUUCCAACGUGCAACUGCCCUUCGUCCAUAUGACCAGAGAAUGUGGCAGGCUCUGGGAAACUGUUACGAAAAAAUUCAACGGCCGCAAGAAGCCAUAAAAGCAUACAAAAGAGCUUUACUGGGCUCUCCUAUCAAUAGUUCAAUCUUAAUGCGUUUAGGUAACCUUUACGAAGAAUUACAGGACUUAGACACUGCUUCUGCAAUGUACAAGGAGUGCAUUCGAAGUGAAGAAGAGGGAGAUAUGACGCCGGAAACUAUUAAAGCGAGGAUGUGGUUAGCAAAGAGAGAACUUAACCAAAAAAACUAUAGACAAGCAGAGAUGUAUGUCAGUGAGAUUUUGAACGGAGAUCUGGAACUUGAAGAGGCAAAAGCUUUGAUGCGAGAGUUAAGAAGCCGAAUGGAACAUACUCCUAAUUGAAAAAGGAGCUGUUAGCCAACCUAUGCCAUCUUCUAAAGAAGGAUUUUUUAUGAUGAAUAUUUUAAGGUGUAAUGUAAAACAAAUUUUUCU